AUGACAGACAAAAAAAUUAUUCUCGUUACUGGUGGAACUGGUCUUGUUGGGAAAGGUAUUGAAGCUGCUGUUGAGCGGGAAGGAAAGCGUAAUGAUGAAGAAUGGCACUUUGUUUCCUCCAAAGAUGCAGACUUAACUGACCGGGCAUCCACCGAGGCCUUGUUUGCCAGGAUCAAGCCCACUCAUGUCAUUCACUUGGCUGCUAUGGUCGGGGGUCUGUUUAGAAAUCUCAAGUAUAAUCUUGAUUUCUUUCGAAUAAACUCCCAGAUCAAUGACAAUGUGUUGAACGUCAGCUUUCAGUUCAAAGUUGAGAAGGUCGUUUCCUGCCUAUCAACUUGUAUUUUUCCAGAUAAGACUACAUAUCCAAUUGAUGAGACAAUGGUUCACAAUGGUCCACCCCAUGACAGCAACUUUGGCUACUCUUUUGCCAAACGCAUGAUUGAUGUACAAAACAAAGGGUAUCACUUACAGCACGGGUGCAACUUCACAUCUGUCAUCCCUACCAAUGUCUAUGGACCCUAUGAUAACUUCAAUCUUGAGGAUGGUCAUGUGUUACCAGGACUCAUUCGUAAAGUCUAUGAAGCAAAAGAAAAUAACACCCCCUUUGUCGUUUGGGGCACCGGCUCUCCUCGUAGACAGUUUAUAUAUUCUUUGGACCUGGGUCGUCUGUUCUUGUGGGUGCUCAGGGAGUACAAGGAAGUUUCACCCAUCAUUUUGUCAGUUGGUGAAGAGGAUGAGGUAUCUAUCAAAGAGGCAGCAGACUAUGUAGUAAAAGCCAUGAACUUCACAGGAGAAGUAGUUCUCGACACAACCAAAUCAGAUGGGCAGUUCAAGAAGACAGCAAGUAAUGCUAAACUGAGAAAGUAUUUGCCAGAUUUCAAAUUCACCCCAAUACACCAAGCAAUCAAAGAGACCUGCGACUGGUAUGUUGCCAAUGUAGACAAGGUUCGCAAGUAA